CCGCAAACCACUCCCAAUCCCACCUCAAAAUGCCACUCGUAAUCCUAACCGGGUACCCCUGCUCAGGUCUAACCUACCGCGCCAACCAACUUGCCAAAGCCUUCCAAGAAACCCAAGAAACCCUCUUCCAAGACACCGACAAACCACGCUACAAGAUCCACGUCGUCUCAACCCACGAUGCCUCCCACCCCCGCACAGUCUACGACAAUGCACGCACCGAAAAAGAAGCCCGUGGUGUGGCCUACACGCGCGCCCGCCGCAUGCUCGCAAAAGACAGUUUCGUCAUCCUCGACGGCAUGAACUACAUCAAGGGAUACAGAUACCAGCUAUGGUGUGAAGCGAAAGCGCUCGGAACAACAUGCUGCGUUGUGCAUGUCGGAACGCCGAUCGAUCAAUGCAUCGCCAACAACGAAGCAAGGAUGAACCACACCCAGUCAGAAUCUCAAUCUCAAAAUACCAAUACAGAUACCACCACCAACCAGGAACCGGCGUACCCCGCCGACCUCCUCCACAACCUCAUCUUCCGCUACGAGGAACCAAGCACCCACAGCAGAUGGGACAAGCCGCUCUUCACGGUCCCCUGGUCCGACGCUAGUCCUCCAAGCGCCGACAUCUGGACCGCCUUAACAGGGAUCCCACAUCCGUCUGUCGCCGCACAGGACCCGGUUCUGCCUAUCGUGACGGGUCUCACGAAUACCACCUUGUCGGAUGCUGUGUCUGUUGCGCCCUCGAUGGCAACUACCUCCGGACCGUUGCGGAGCGAACGUCCUAAGAUAAAACCACACCAGGCGACGGUGCAGCCUGCUGCUACCGACUCGUCCCUGCUAUAUACCAUGGAGAAGCGGACGACAGCGGUGGUAUCUGCGAUUCGGAGUUUUGUGCUGGAGAAUCCGUCUGCGGAGGGGGCGUUGGCGAAGGCUGAGGAGCAUGACGGGAUCAGGAUUGUUGUGCCCGAGGUGUCGACGCCGGUGUUUGUCCCGGCGCAUGUGGCGACGACCGGGACGACGGAUGAGCUUGGCGGCGCUGGAGGUAUACUCGCAGUGCCGCGGUUGCAGAGGUUGAGAAGGCAGUGGAUUACGUUGAAUCGGGCUUAUGUGGCGGGAAAUAAGGCCAGCCUUGGGGCCGAGCAGGUUGGGGAUGCCUUCGUAAGGUUUUUGAAUGCGGACUUUGCUGGCGAGGGUCUUUAGUUUCGAUUUGCCUUAGAGGUUGGUUUACUGAUGAAAAGCGAGAGAAGUUGGUUGGUUCAGUUUUUACGUGUAUAUAAGCAUAGAUUUUGCCAUAUCAUGGUUUACGAAUGAU